AUGGCAAACGACCGGCCGAACCACCACCACCCCACCGCCGCCGCCUCCGCCUCCCGGACCGUCAUAUUUGGCAAGUACGAAAUUGGGCGCCUCCUCGGGAAGGGAACCUUCGCCAAGGUCCACCACGCCCGUAAUCUGGAGACCUCCGAGAGCGUGGCCAUUAAGGUCCUCAGCAAGGACCACGUCCGGAAGGAAGGCAUGAUUGAGCAGAUCCAGCGCGAGAUCUCGGUUAUGCGCCUCGUCCGCCACCCCAAUGUCGUCGGCAUCCACGAGGUCCUCGCCACCAGGCAGAAGAUCUUCUUCGUCAUGGAUUACGUCAGAGGCGGCGAGCUCUUCGCCAGGGUCGCCCGCGGCCGAUUGCGGGAGGACUCCGCUCGGAGGUACUUCCAGCAGCUCAUCAGCGCCGUCGACUUCUGCCACAGCCGAGGCGUCUACCACCGCGACCUCAAGCCCGAGAACCUCCUCCUCGACGAUGACGGCAACCUCAAGAUCUCCGACUUCGGCCUCUCCGCCCUGCCGGACCAGCUCCGGAACGACGGCCUCCUUCACACGCAGUGCGGGACCCCGGCCUACGUGGCGCCGGAGGUCCUGCGGAAGAGAGGCUACGACGGCGCCAAGGCUGACAUCUGGUCGUGCGGCGUCAUCCUCUACGUUCUGCUUGCCGGAUUCCUGCCGUUUCAGGACGAGAACAUGAUGAAGAUGUACACAAAGAUCUUCAAGGCGGAUUUCGAGUUUCCCCCAUGGUUCUCGCACGAGUCCAAGCGGUUGAUUUCGAGGCUUUUGGUCCCAGAUCCGGCGAAGAGGAUCGGGAUUCCGGCGAUUAUGAGAUUCCCCUGGUUCUGUAAAAAUUUCUCCCGUCCGCUAGCUCUUUCUAUCCAUGAGGACAAAGAUUCGGAUGAUCAGAGCCUAGAAUUGGAUCUGACAAGAUCAAAAUCGGCUCCCCCCUUUUACAACGCAUUCGAGUUCAUAUCCUCCAUGUCGUCAGGUUUCGAUCUGUCAGGCUUGUUCGAGAGCCAGAGGAAAUCGGGGUCAUUGUUCACUUCCAAGUCCUCGGCCCAGACAAUCAUGGGGAAAUUAGAGUGUUUGGCGAAGAAGCUGGGUUUCAGGAUGGUCGCAAGCAAGGAUUACAAGGUGAGGUUGCAGGGGACCUCCGAGGGGCGGAAAGGUAAAUUGUCGGUCACGGCGGAGGUGUAUGAGGUGGCGCCUGAGGUGGCAGUCGUGGAGUUGUCGAAAUCUUCGGGCGACACGCUGGAGUACAACAAGUUGUGUGAGGAAGAUAUUAGGCCUGCCCUCAAGGAUAUAGUCUGGAGUUGGCAAGGGGAGAGCAGUGUUUGUGACGACUAA